AUGAGUUCUAUUGGCUCUAAGCUCAACUCCGGGGCGCCUAAAGGGGCUCAAUCUGUGACCUCGAGCAACUCCUCUAUAUUGCUGGACAAGUUCAAUGGCAGGCGGUCGACGCCGGACUCGGAAGCUUUAGCCAGCUCUGAUGACGAGCCUGAUCGACGAGAACAGACCCAACCAAUCGUCCCACCUCACAAGCCGACUCGAAGAUCCUCUUGGCUGAAUGACACAACACCAUCAGGCACCCAACCCCGGAAAGGCUCAUUCGCAAGCAGCUCCAUGUCGCCGACUGCAUCGCAUCCAACCACGCCUGCUGCGGAUUCUAACACAUGGGCCACGCAUCCCCAAGGCAGUUCUGCGGUUAGCCGCGGCCAUCCUGGCCCGAGUUCGUUUCCUUGGGGUAGUGGUAUUUGGAAUACUGAGGCGCGCAAGGAGCCACCGUCCAGGUUGACCGAAGUCCUGCCAUCGCCGACAUCAAUGUACCCUCCAGAGUUAGCUAGCAAUGGAUUCCCAAGUGGUGAUCUACUUAGCAACCAGAGAGAUUUGCCGCCAAACUCAACCCUCCCGUUUCCAAUCCCGCUACACCCAACGCCAAAAACGUACAGAUCUCAAUCUUAUUCAGUCGGUCAGCUGGAUCCUGAUUCUUCCGUAUCUACUACAUCGUCGGGUGCGGCCCCGGGAUUCGCAGGUCGAGGCAGACCUAUGCCGCAUUCUGGACUUCAGCAUCGACCGUCGAGGCCAAGCAUGCUGAGCGAGAUGAGCGACAGUGGGCUGAGCAAGUUGAAGGAGGUCGACGAUGACGAUGACGAGAGCACUAAUGGAUCCAACCACGGUGUAACAUUGCAGUCAAAUGAAGCCAAGACCAUCGAGCUACUGGCGAGAGAGAAUGCUAUCCUGCGACAGCAGCAAUUCCAAAAUGCGCGCCUCCGGCCUCGUUCCUCUACCAGUAGCGCUUAUGGCUUUGGGGGUGCGCAUGGCCUUCAAGAGACGUUGCCAGAGGAAUCUGAUUUCGCGAUAGAUGAACUCGAUGAAGUCAAUGAGCUUCAGGAGAUGGCCUCAAAGGGUCUUGCAGGCCGCAGAAUGAGCGAAUAUGGAGCAGGUGGCCCGCCUAGAGUUCCUCCCUAUGGAUCCUUCGAGAAUCGCAAACUGGAAAACGUCAAAAAGGCCUUUUGGCAGAGCUCGCUUGGUUUCGGUGGGUUGGCAGAUAUUCCACAGAGUAGGCGUCACUCCUUCGCCGAUGUGCCUACACGUCAUGGGUCUAUUAGCUCAGCUGGUGAACCGUUGUCUGCACGCGAGACCAACUUGCAGGAGGCUCUGUCGGCGAAGGAUUACCCUAACAGAUAUCAAGAGGGUGCUGGUAACCCUCUCACUGAUCAUGGUGAGCAAACCUUUGAUAAGUCUCGUCGGCCAUCUCUUUAUGGCCAAAGCCUGGGUCAGAUCUCAGAAGACUCUUCUUUGAAUGCACGUUAUUUACAUGACCGACCAACAGCAGCUUCCUACUUUGGUGGUAUUGCCACCGUCCCUCGUAAUGCCGAAACAUACGCCUCCGCCAACUACCAGUCUCCGACUUACCCUUACGGCGCCCCUCCGCACUACCCCGCUGCCCGAGCUCCAUCGCCGCAUCGAAGCAUGUAUGGCAUGCCACAGCCGCGCCACAAUCAACUUCUCUAUAUUGUGCUUUUCAAAUGUUCUCGGGCCGACGUCUUUUAUGUUCAGGAAGGGACAGGACUCUCAGUGAAGCCGGGGGAUCUUGUUAUCGUCGAGGCAGACCGCGGAACGGACCUUGGAACUGUUGCUCGCGAUAACGUCGACUGGACGACUGCGAAAGAGCUCAAGGAACACUAUGCCGAAGAACAUUACAAAUGGCUCAUGAUGUAUUCUCAGGGCGCGGCCGGUAAUUCGGAUGGUACUGGCGCUGGUUUGAUGGCUGCUUCCAACGGUCUCCAGGGGAGCGCCGUGGGUGGUAUGGGGCCUCCCAGCCAACAUGGAAUGCAAGAGCCGAAUCCUGGUGAGAUCAAGCCAAAGAUCAUCAAGCGGCUUGCUCAAAAUCACGAAAUCCAAGCCCUUCGAGACAAGGAAGGAAACGAGGCUAAAGCAAAACGAGUUUGCAUGCAGAAAGUGAAGGAACAUGGUCUCCAUAUGGAGAUACUUGAUGCCGAAUUCCAGAUGGAUUGGAAGAAGCUUACGUUCUACUACUUCGCCGAUGCAUACAUCAACUUCAACUCGCUCGUGACAGACCUCUUCAAGGUCUACAAGACUAGAAUUUGGAUGUCAGCCAUCAAUCCAGCAUCUUUUGCCAGCCCAUCGCUUGGCCUUCAAGCCCCUAGCGGCGUUGGGCCGGGAGCCGUUGGUGCUAGUCGAACCGCCCAGAACGAACGUCGAGCCCCUCAGCCUGAACAAGCUUCAUAUGCUAGCUCGCAAGCCAAUCGCAACUAUCAAGGCGCAUUUCCACAGCCUUUCAACCCGGGUCUUGAUCGAGGAUCAGCACCGCAAACCGCAUUUCAGCCCUCAGGAUAUACAUAUGGGUAUUCCCCAUUCGGCGCACCGCCCCGAAAUGCCGCUGUCUCCCCGAGUGCUUAUGGCCCAAUGGACGGAUUCACGACAUUUACAAACCCAGUAGAAUAUCAAGGUCUCCCUGCGAGGUUCCCCUCUCCACACGGGACAACUGCGGCACGUGACGCGACAGACUAUGGCAGGCAGUCUAAUGGACUUUCGACACCCAAUGAAGCUUGGAUUAGUAACUUCCAGGGCCUCUCUAUGAACAGUCGCUAG